AUGAUUAAAUCUGGGCAUAAAUGGGCAGUCAUUGCCAUAUGCUUAAUUAUUGGAUGCUUACUUGCUCUCUCUGGACUUUAUGUUAUAGAAACUGCGAGGGUUUAUUUUAAAUCACGUAAAAGAGACAGCUCCGCCAAGACAUAUGCCUCUCCUGUAGAGCGCGUUUAUUUGGUAAUUCGAAACAUUUAUUUAUAUGUAAUAACGAAUAAAGUUAUCUUGACUCUAAUUGCUGUUCCCAUUGUUUUUGCAAUUGCCGUUCCAUUCGUUGGAAAAGAGACACCUCCUAAACAUGAGAAAGGAAAUUGGAGCGCAACUGCAGUGGGAGGAAGAUGUGGUUUUUUAGCUGCCGCGCUUUUUUUUAUCUCUUACUUUUUCAGUCUAAAAAACAAUCCAUUUUCUUUGAUGCUUUUCACCUCACAUGAAAAGAUGAAUUAUGUUCAUCGCCGCCUAUCUCAGUUUGCUAUUAUGCUGGGUGUUAUACACGGCCUUAUUUACAUCGGAAAGGACAGCCAUAAGCACCGUAAGUUAGUUGAGCCUGUGUUCAGAUGGGGAUAUGGUAUUUUGGGAUUAAUGGUCAUAAUGAUUGUCAGUGCUUUACCGUUUUUUCGACGUAGGUUUUAUGAAUGGUUCUUUGUUUUACAUCAUGCAUGUAGCAUUGGUUUUCUCAUAUGCAUCCAUUAUCAUGAUCGGCACUGCGUCCCCUAUAUGAAAGCGGCUCUUGCUUGUUACGUGUUUGAUCGUGGAUGUAGAAUUCUGCGAAGCUUCAUAAAUAGAACAAAAUUUGAAGUAAGUAUGAUUGAAGAGAACGUUAUUUAUUUACGCGGAAAAAAACCCAAAGUCUCCUUCUUUUCUUUGCCAUGGUCUUCGGGCAGCCAUGUUUUUAUAAGCAUCCCUCGUUUUAGUUUUUGGCAAAUCCAUCCUUUUACCCUUGCUAGCUGCCCUUCGGACGACUAUGUGGAGCUUGUGGUUGCUGUUCGUAAAGGAUUUACCCAGAGAUUGGCCAACAAAAUGAAUUCCACAACCAAUCCGCUAAGUGGAGAAGUUGAAAAAGUCAAGUCAAGUAACGAUGCAGAUAUAGUUAUUUCCGAAUGGCACUCAGGUCGGGACGAAUCUAGCUCCGAUAAUGAAAUAAACUCAGAUGCUAAUUCUGCAGCAUCAGCCAAACAAAUGACUGUUCUAUUGGAUGGACCUUAUGGACCAGUUUCAAAUCCAUUUAGGAAUUACGCUUAUGUUUUUCUAGCUGCUGGAGGUGUCGGCAUUACCUAUACCUUACCUAUCCUAAGGGAUCUUCUUUUGAAGCCUGGGAAUACUCUUCAUAUCACUUUUGUAUGGUCUUGUCGGUCAUUGAAGUUACUCAGUUUAUUUACUAGAGUUUUGGAGGAUUCAUUGGAUCAAAAGCAGGUCUCCGUCCGUAUAUAUUGUCAUCUUACCACAAGCUAUCCUGUGAAAGAGCGUUUAAUAUCGAAAUCAAGUGGUUCCAAUUUGGUUCAAUACUGUGACGGAAAACCUAAUUUAGAAAACUAUAUCAAAGAUCACUAUGGUUUAUCCGACACUAAAACUAAUACAGUAGCUGCAUGCGGCUCUGAAGCCUUUUUGAAGCAUUUGAAAAAGGAAGUGACUUCUCAACAAAAAUGGGACGCUGAUAUUUUUCAACAUUACGAAGAGAUUUAA